AUGUCACUUGAAGUGGCCCCUCCUACUGCAAGAGAGACCUACCGACAGCAAGGGCUGCUCCUCGUCCAGAAAACUUGCGCGCGUGUUGGCAAUCUCCAUGCUUGGAAGCCAUGCAAAUCCCCGAUACAUGGCUGCGUGCAGGGCCGCACCAUCUUGGGAAAGAUCUUGUUCUGGAAAAGGGAGGCUGGCCGCUUCGUAGUGCGUAUGGGCGCACACGCCAGCAAAGGCUGGAUGGAGGCACUAAUGGUCGCCGGGGCGGCGUUCUCCUUCCUUGUUCUGGUGGUAUUGCUUGGUAUGUGCCUCAUCACCUGCUGCAAUGCUCUGUUCAGCGACGAGGAGCCAGACGUCGCUGCAGCUGCAGCCAAGGCUACCCGACGUUUUGUGACCAUUGUCGUUUGA